UACCAACAUAAAUUAGACAACGUCUGACAAUUUAAUCCAGUGAGAAACUGAGCGUUUAGUAUUUUCUCGGUGUUAUGGAGAAUUCUACGAAGAACUGACAAUCGAGCAUAUUACGUGCUAGCAUAUCAACAGGUGAAAAUAAUCAUUUAUAAAAAUACUCGUAAUGUCUUGUUUGAUCUAGUUCAAAAAAUGCAGAUCAUGUGAUGAUUUAAAAUAACCGAUUAUUACACGAUAAACGAUCAAAUCAACGAAUCUUUUUUAAUCCAUAGUGCCCUUUAUAAACGCGUGGUUAUUAAUAAUUAAUUUUAACUGUUAAAAUGGUUGUUUUCAAUCUAAGAAUACACAAUGAAAGGUGCUCGUGAAAUUCAAAGCUUACUAUUUCUGGCAAACUCGUUCACGUGACACGGAAUUAUUGAAAUACAAUAAUAACUUUCGGUGAUUCAUAAUUAUAUAUAGGGUUUCUUUCCGAGUAUCUUGAUAUAUUCUUAGUGGAUGCACUGUCGUAGACGCUGCAAACAAGUCAAAGAAUUUAAUGCUAAAUAAGGGGUCGCAAAAAUGAAGUCGGAUGUCGAGCACAAAUUGAAGGAAUUUUCAGAACGUACAACGUGUCAUGGAAUCGCGCAGAUAUUUUCCAGAAAGAACAGGGUACAUCGAUACAUUUGGAUCUUGUUGGUGAUCGCUGUGGUUGCCACGCUCAGCAGUCAGCUUGUUACACGUGUGAUGCAAUACGCCAUGUUCAAGACAACAACAGUUAUAUCAGAAAAACAUGUUUCUAACUUACAAUUUCCAUCAGUCACGGUCUGCAAUUUCAACUCAUUGUUUAGCGUAACAGAAGACUACGAGUACCAGGCAGCCACACUGCUGUUAAAGGCUAAAAUAGGCUACAUACCCAUAACAACUAGUGGCGAUGGUUUUGACGGCGAUGACUAUAACGACAAUGACUAUAACGACAAUGACUAUAAUAGCAAUUACUAUAAUGGCGAGGACUAUUACACCGAUGGAUUCAAGUUCUUCGGCAAUUACAACAAUUCUGUGCUUGAUUAUAUGAAUAUUAAAGGCUGGCAAUUAGACGACAAGACUCUGAAAUGGUGUACAUAUGGUCCGCGGAACUGCACAAUUGCAAAUUUCACAAGCCGCUUGACAAACAUGGGAAAAUGUUGGACGUUUCAGACUUCCAUUCCGACUUGGAAACCGGGAAGUAGAAGCGGGUUGUCUAUUGGCCUUGACAUUCAAGAGGACCAAUACUUCUUAUCGUACGAGAAAUCGAGCCAUGUGAUAGGAAUAAGAGUUCAAGUUCAUCCACAAUACGAGGAACCACAAGUCGAGGAGUUGGGGCUGGCUGUAUCGGGUGGAAAGCGCGCAUUUAUCUCUGCACAUCAAAGCGAGAUAAAUCUGAUGAAAAAGCCUUGGGGAGAAUGCAGACCAGAAUCAGAAAACUUGAACUAUUUUGACACAUACAGCGUAUCUAAUUGUUUCAACGAAUGUUGGAGGAAACGCACUGGUUCUUGUGGAUGCGGAAUGUAUGACGUUGGCAUGGAUAAGAAAAUUGUUUGCGACCCUCAAGAAACAACAGAAUGCAUAGCAAAAGCAGCCAUUCUGCAACGAAAGCUCACUGUCGAAAAGUGCAAUUGCCAGCCUGCGUGCAAAACUACUGACUACAUGACAACGAUUUCAUACGCUGAUCUACAAACUUCGGAUUGGGUAGAUUUGACCAAUGAAGAGGGAUUCACAGAAUAUAUAUUGAAAAACAUCGUUGGAGUCAACGUCUUCUUCGAUCGAAUGAGUAUUACGAAACAAGACGAAAGUGAAGCAACUACAUUCACUGCAUUUCUAAGUGACUUGGGCGGACAGCUGGGCUUUUGGAUGGGGAUCAGCGUCUUGACUGUGUUUGAAUUUUUACAACUAUUGUUGGAAAUUUGUAAGAAGGCAAUGAAUCAUACAAAAGCUUCAUCAAGCAUGUCGAAGACUAAAGUUAUAAAGUUGAAAGAAACUGACUAACAAUCACAAGACUUUCUCCUGGGCGAUUAAGCUUUAACCUACAAUAUCUAAAAACCAUCUUUUUAUAAUAUUUUAUUCCUAACUGGAUCAGUAGUCUGAAUAACAAAUACUUUCCUAGAAUACAAGUUUUUUAAUAGAAGAUCUAAUACCAGGGACUGAAAAUAGAAAAUGGUGAAUAGAGAAAAACGCACAUGAUGAGUCUUCCAUGCAUUGGAAAUAAACUACGGUAAUGCAUCUAUACCUAAUGAGAACAAACUUACAUAAAAUGUGAUUGUCUCUACGCCCCUACACCAUGAACUUAAAAUAUAGUAUGAGCGAAUAUGUCAUGUUCCUAUGCAGGUACUGUUUUUUAGCAUAGGAAUUCUGUUAUUUAUAAUUAUACUACGGGAACUUCUUUAUAGAAUACGAUUCGAAUUUAUUUUGAUUUGUAGAAUCAUCUCAAGAUUCCAUGCUAAAUAGAACAAACAUAUGAUCAGCAUUUGAGAAUGCAUUCACACUAUUGAAGAUAUUUCCGGCGCAAAUUAGAUUUAAAGCAGACAUGCAAAAUCAAACAUAAUUGAUUCCAGAAAAAUAACUUUCUGGUUGAUUGAAACCGUUUCUGCACUUGCUAAGCAAUCAAGAAAGAAUUAAAGAAGUAUUGUAGCUCACAUCAUUAUUAAUGAAGAACACCAUAAUGGGAACCUUCAAGAAUA